AUGAUCAAUACUUUUUUCUCUUGCAUUUUUGUUUUACUUUUCUUUUUUUCUCCUUCUCAAUUUUCUGUCUUUUUCCUUUUUUUUAUCUCAUUCUCUAAUCGCUGUUUUUUUCCUUCUUUUUUUCUUUUUCCAAUCCUUGUGUUUUCUUUUUCUUCUUUCUCCUAUCUUUCUUUUUCUUCUUUUUCUUUUUUUCUCCACUCCUUGUCUUUUCUUCUUUUUCCUAUCUUUCUUUUUCUUCUUUUUCUUUUUUUCUCCAAUCCUUGUCUUUUCUUCUUUUUCUUCUUUCUCCUAUCUUUCUUUUUCUUCUUUUUCUUUUCUCCACUUUUCUCUUUCCUUGUCUCUCCUUUUGCUUUCCCUCCAAUUGUCUGUGUUUAUUCCAUUUUUUCCUCUCCUUCUCUUACUUGUCUUUCUUCCUUUUUAUAUCUUUUUUCUCAAUUUCACUCGUCAUCUCUUUUUUUUCUGUUUAUCUCUUCCCUGCUUUCUAUCUUUUCCUCUCUUUUUCUCUUUUUCCUGUCCUUCUCGCACACUUUCUCUAUUUCUGUUUUAUUUUUCAGCUCUCCAAAUUUUAUUUGUCUGUUUUCUUUUCAUUUCAUCUCUCACUCUCCCCUACUCCUUUACUAUUUUUCUUUCCAUUUCCUUCUCUUUUUUCUCCUUCUUUUCUUCUUUUUUCUAAUCCUAACUUUCUAUUCUCCUUUCUCUUCACGAUAUGAAUCACUUGCCUUCUUCUUCUCCCUCUUCCCUUUUUCUCUUUCUUUAUUCUCUUUUCAUUGCUUUUUUCAUUUCCUUUUCACGUGA